AAUAAAUUGCUCCUGUCCAAAAUAUAAAAUAAAAACUCUUGUCUAGUUGCGAAAAUUUUAGUCUCAGGAAUUGUUCAAUGGAAAUAAUUUUUAAUGCAGUAGGUGGUUUUGUUGUUGAGGCGGGGAAGAAGGUGUGUAAAUGCAUCUAUCCUAAGAUUGAAAAUACUGUCCGUUUCACAUCAAAUGUUGAAAGUGUAAGAGAGGAAAUGGAGAAUUUAACAAAGUUUAGAGAUGAUAUCAAAGGGAAGGUGGAAGGAGCUGAGGGAGAAGGCUAUAAACCAAAACCAGAGGUUCUCCAGUGGGUCGAAGAUGUUCAAAAGCUGGAGACUGACUGGGAAUCUAUGAAAGAAGACAUUGCAGCGGCUAAGAGGGUUGCAUAUAAAUGUUGUCCAAAUUGCAGUCUUCGCUCGCAAGUUUCCACUCAAGCACGAAUCAUGCGAGAUCAACUUUCCGAGCAUAAAAAAAUGGGAGAAAAUUUUGGAUCCAGUUUGGUGGUAGAAAAUUACCAGGUGAAAAAAGUGGAGUACAUCCCAGGACCAUCAAUAGAAGGCCAGUCAACAGCAACAAGAAAUCUCAACGAAAUCCUACAACUAUUAGAAGAUGAUAAGGUAUGCAUCAUUGGUGUAUGGGGAAUGGGAGGAGCGGCAAAACGACUUUGGUGAAGAAUCUGAACAAUGAGCUCCUAAAGACGUGAAGCUCUAAA